AGUGCGAUGCAUUUGCCUUUAAAAAUAUAUUGAGACUGGACUUCGUAUUUCGAAUGCGUAUUGCGCGCGAAAAGUUACAAACGGUGAACGUUCUGAAUUUGAAAGUGCAUUGUGAUUUUGUGGUGUAGUUUUCUUUUCUGGAAAUCAAAUCAUGGGUUCCCUGCCUCGGGUGUCUGUGGUGACAGGCGCACGUAACAGUGUGCCGAGCGCCCCGUUGACCAGACAUCUGAGCAGGCUCUGUCAGGGCGAUAGGACCGCGCUAGUGUACUCAGAUGAAACAAACAACGCUCGUGUGAGCUACUCCGAGCUGGAAGCUGGAACCAACGCGCUGGCCCGAGCUGUCACAGCGCGAGCGAGGCUGACGGGAGCUAACAGAGAUGGAGAUUUUGUUAUAGCUGUGUGCAUGCAACCUACACAUGCUACCGUGAUGACACUCCUGGCCACCUGGAAGUCGGGAGCUGCGUACGUGCCCAUGGAGCCCAGCUUCCCCCAGGCCAGGGUCUCACACAUCCUGCAGGACGCCCAGCCAGCUCUCAUUGUAUAUGACGACACAGCCAAUGCCGCCAUGUUCACUGGCAGUGGCGUGCCAGCCGUCUCCUUCGAGGAGUUGUCUCAAGAAGCCAGCAGUCUUUCAGCGGAGGAGAUCAGUGACUGCGACACCCUGGCUUCGUCAGGAGCUGACAGCAUAGCCAUAGUGCUGUAUACUUCUGGGAGCACUGGUAUACCAAAAGGUGUCAGAUUACCAUACUCCGCGAUCUGCAACCGUCUCUGGUGGCAAUUCAGAACGUUUCCUUUCGCCAACGACGAAGUGACCUGCGUCUGGAAGACAGCUCUUACCUUCGUGGACUCGGUCUGCGAGAUCUGGGGCCCCCUUCUCCACGGAAGGACCCUGCUCAUCUUGUCACGAGAGACUACUAGGGAUCCGCAGAAGCUGGUGAACGCUUUGGCGGAGAAUCAGGUACAACGACUAGUUCUCGUUCCAACACUUCUGCGAUCAAUGCUCAUGUACCUUUCCCUAAAUCCUGCUGAGAAACCUCUUCAGUACCUGAAACUAUGGGUGUGUUCUGGAGAAACCCUUAGUAAAGAGUUAGCAUCGCAGUUCUUCCGAUAUUUCGGUGACCAGGGUGGUUAUAAGCUGGCUAACUUCUACGGCAGUACAGAAGUUAUGGGAGAUGUGACGUAUUAUGUCUUGGAGAAGGCUGGACAGCUGGAACUGCAUGAUACCAUUCCUAUUGGUUCACCGCUGGACAACUGCGCCGUGUACCUCCUGGACGAGGAGAUGAACCCGGCGCGGGAGAGCGAGCCGGGCGAGGUGUGGGUGGCGGGCCGCAACCUGGCCGCGGGCUACGUGGGCGGGCAGGGGGCUGACAGGUUCCAGGACAACCCGCAUGCUGACCAUAGCGAUUUCAGUCGCCUAUACCGCACAGGAGACUUCGGCAUCCUGCGCAAGGGUGUGAUCCUGUACGCCGGCCGCACGGACUCGCAGGUCAAGAUCAGGGGUCACCGGGUGGACCUGCUGGAGGUAGACAGAGCCGUGGCGGCGGUGCCGGGAGUCGAUAAAUGUGUAGUCUUAUGUUACGGGCUGGAGAGAGGCAACCCAGAGAUCCUGGCUUUUGUCACCAUCGCCCCUGAAGCAAGGAUUUCAGCGCAUCAUAUUGAAGCCAGUCUGAAGAACAGCCUGACUAGUUACAUGAUACCGCAGGUAAUCGAGAUAGAAACCAUCCCAUUGCUUGUCAACGGUAAAGUGGACAGACAAGCAUUGUUGAAGAUGUAUGAAAACACUAAUAAUAAUGAUGAUUCAGCGAUCACAUUGGACAUAGAUUAUUCUGGUGUUGACGAACAAGAUAUGGAAGCGGCCAGGGUGCUAUUCUCAACUGUAGGGGAAGUUCUCGGCAGGUCCGCUAGAGGCGCCCUAUCUGUCAGAGCAGGCUUUUACGAGUUGGGAGGGAAUUCGCUCAACUCAAUUUACACGAUCACGAGGCUUAGAGAGAGGGGAUACUACAUCGAAAUCAGCGACUUUUUGGGAGCUGCUAAUUUAGGAGAGGUGCUCUCUAAUCUGAGCACGGACCCUAACAGCCGGCAAGACAGUCAGGAACCCAAGUUCACAGCCGAACUGAUGAGGGAUGAGCACAAACAGCAGGUUAUUGACAUGGUGGUAUCGUCAUUCUACGAGAAGGCGGAGUUGGAACAAUUUCUGAAACACGAAAUAGAACCGGUCGACUACGCGGCCUGCAUCGAUCUCUGUUGGCCGGCGUUGUUACUAGCCAGGCUCAGCGUAGUGCUCACUGACGGUACUGGAUCACCCGUGGCCGUGGCAUUGAACUUCGAUGCUCGUGACGAACCUGAAAUAGAGCUGACAGGUGGCCUCGCCAAGAUCAUGGCUUUCCUGGAGUUCGUCGAGGGCUCUGUUAGACAUUUAUUGCCGGAAGGAAAAGGCACCGUCCUCCAUUCGUACAUGAUGGCCACGGCAGCUGAGAUGUCCACCCGAGACAAUGUGGCUGCUAUCAAAGCCUUGGAACACGCUACCAUGAGGAUAGCCCGCGAGAGGCGGUUCAAGGGAGUCUUCACUACUAAUACUAGUCCGCUUACACAGCAACUAGGAACAGACGUCCUCGGCUUUCAAACCCUUCUUGACUACCAACUCAACCACUACGUGGAUGGUAAUGGCGACAGAAUCUUCGGAGAGGCUGGCGAUGAAAUGCGAGCCAUCGUGUGCUGGAAACCAGUUGAACUGUGAUAUUGUAGAUUAAGUUAUAUUAAUAAUUGACACAAGUAUUUCGUAGAUUUAUCUUUAUGUAAUAAAAUAGUAUUAAGGAAAGUAAAUAACAGUAACCUUUUUGUAAGCAAAGCACAAACAUUGUCAUGACUUGCCCGCAUUUUCAUUUGAUCUUUGGCCAGUUCCCAUAAUAAUCAAUAAUUAAUGUAAAACACACUGGUCUUCAUAACUAAGUACACUGGACUUUUCAGUAUAAAUGCUACAAACUAUCGCCCUUUUCCCACGAGAGAUCACAAUGAUAAUUUGUCUCCACUUUCUUUACCUUUCUCUACAUCCAAAAGGGUACCUACUUUUUUUUGUGCUAAGUUUGGAUGACCAGUAAAACUAUUCCUAUAAUUGUGUCAGUAAAUUAUAAUCUAAGUAAAUUUAAGAGGCUUGAUAUAAGUUAAAAUACUGUUGAAUAUAUUUAUGAAGAGUUCUCCAUUUAUAAAUUGGGUCGUUAAAUCGUUAUAUGUGUAUUAAAUUAACAUGUUAAAUUGUCGAAAAAAUGAAACUGACAAAAUUAUUAAUUUAUGUCUUUAUAUAUUUGCCUAAAUUAUUAUUAAUUUUCUAAUUAACAAUCGACAAAUAAGAUCUCUUAAAUUAUUGCUUUUAUGUGAUUACCAAACUGGGAUGUAGUAUACCUACUUAAGUAUUGUAAC